AUGUCGCAGGUGAACAACCGUGGUGUCGUGACCAAGCGGUUGCGAAUUUCCUCAACCGGCGCCCUUCGCCAAGGCGAGAACCAGUCGUCAUCAUCGUCGACAAAUGUCGCCCAAAAUCAAUACAAUUCAUCAGGUUUAUCAAUUGAUAAUGAAACCGAACUAUCUGCUGAUUCAAUCAAAGAACAGUUAGAUCACGUCGAUGAUAUCAUAACACAGCCAAUUAUUGAAGUUCCAACAAAACGUUUAUUACAUAUAAAAGAGCUCGGUGGAAAUUUAUUUGUUUCAUCAUCGAGAAAAAUCUAUUCGAAAACUUUACAAAAAUUAAUCGAUCGAGUCUUAUUUACAAAAUCAUUGAACAACGAUGUUAAUACAGCAGCAUCAGAUUUACAUGUUUUCGAACGUGUACUUGCCCGAAUAGAUGAUAAUGAUGCCUUUUCAACAUGUACAUCAAUAGCACAACCAUCACCAGCAACAAUACUCGUUCUAGGUUUAACAUCAUGUGAACAUGCGUUUGUAUGGAGAUUAACUCAACGACGAAAUUUAAAAAUUUAUUGUUCACCAGCUAACAGUGGAAUUAUAACUGAUCAAUCAUCAGUUAUUGUAACCAAUACGUUGAAGACAGAUAAAGAUAUUUUGGAAUUCGUUGAUACAAAACAGAUCGAUCUUGUUAUUUCAUUGAAUAAAACAUUUUAUUAUGAAGAUCUUGAAGCACAAUUAGGUGAACGCGGUAUUCAUUAUUUAGGUUGUUCAGUUGAUACAUUAGCUUUGAGUGACGAUCUUUUAAAUGCAAAACAAUUUAUGACUAAACAUCAAAUACCAACAUUGGAUUGGAUUCAUUGUACGAAACAAGAUGAAGGAAAAGAAUUUUUAACAAAACAUUCAAAUCAACAACUAUGGAUUUUUCGUUCUACGAAUGGAAAUCGAAUCGUUAAUUGUAAUACACACGAUGAAGCUCUACAAACGCUUAAAGAAGUUUUUCAAGAUCACUUAUUUGGUGACAACAAUCAAUCAGUGAUUAUUGAACAUGGUUAUUCAUUGGAUGAAAGUCGUGUAUGUACACUCUACAUCGUGAGCGAUGGCGAUGGUGAUUAUACACAAUUACCAAUCGUAGAAUCAGAUCCCGAAGGUUUUGGUGCAUAUGGUCCAUGUCCACAGUUAACAUCGAAACAAUUAUCCUUCGUUCGUCGACGCAUUGUUGAACGAACAUUACGAUGUUCGCCAUUGAUUCGUCAUUUAUUUGGUUUUCGUUUACUUAUUCAAGGAACAAAUUAUAAUCAAAUACAAUUACUUGAUUAUAAAUCAACAUUUGAAGAACCCGAAAGUGAAGUACUUUUAUCUUUAUACGAAUCAGAUAUAUUUCUUCAAUAUGCACUUGAUUUACCGUCUGUUACAAUUCUACCGUUGACAAGUAAAAAACGGCGUCUUUUUUGUGUGAACACAAGCAUAAUAUCAAAGCAAAUUCCAUUAUCAAUUCCGAAUAGAAUUUUAAUCACUGCAGCAAAAAAUAAUAAAGUUAAAAUAUUUCAUAAUCAAACAGACGUUUUCGCCGGAGGAGUAGAAACAGGUUCUAUAACAACAAAUGGUCAAAGAAUUUUCAAUGUAUUAGGAUAUGGUUCAACAUUACAAGAAGCACAAAUUCAAUCUGUACUUGCUUGUGAAUAUAUUAAAGAACAAGCAAAUAUUGAGGAUCUAUCAUUUAAAUCUGAUAUUGGCUCUCAAGCCAUUGAUUGGUUUAAAACGCAUGGUGAUCAUGCUAGUUCAACAUCAGGCGGUUUAACAAAUGGAAAAAAGAAAAAGUCAAAGAAGAAAAAUUCUAUUUCAACAAUGGCGAAUAAAAAAGGAAGUGGUAUGGCAACACGUGGUAGAAACCUGAAGAAUUCCGAAGCAAAUGAAGAUGAUGAAACAGAUGACGACGAUGAUGAUGAUGAAGAAACUGAACCAAUGGAUUUUGAACGUGCAUUUGGCUCCGCAUCGGAUAUUCCAAAAUUAGAAUUUAUGAAUAUCUAUCCAAAUAAUAGACUUAUGGAUGGUUUAAAUACUUUUGAAGGCGAAUCCUAUUUUGAUAUUUCGACUAAAAUUGACCUCAAGACUUUUACACAACCAGUUCUUGUUUCAUCGACAAUAAAUUUAAAUCCUUUGGCGGCUUUAUUCAAUUUGAAUGACAAAGAUAUGAACGAUAGUCAAACUGUAUUUGAAUAUCUUGGCUAUGAAUUAGCUGUUCGUUGUGCCAAUGAUCUUAGUUAUGCUCGCCCAUUAUAUAUUCAAUGUUGUUCAUCACCCAUAUCAACAUAUGAACGUUCGGUUCAACGAUUUUAUCAAGGCAUUGAACAAGCAUGUCAACAAUUAAAUUGUACAUUUCUUAAAACAACAUCCAUUUCAUCAUCGUUUAAUGCAUUGUGUACGGGUGUUUGCAACCGAGAAUUAUUCGCCCUUAAUACUGACAAUCAUAAUCCGAUUAUAAACGAAGGUGACUAUUUAAUUGGACUUCGAAGUAGUUCAAGUGCAAUAAAUAGUCAAGGUUAUAUUCAAUUAAAAGAAUUAUUUCAAAAGAAAAAUAUUCAUUUAAAUGAUACAUUACCAUUUCGAAAUACUGAUGGUGAAGAAGAAUCAUUUUUUUCAUUGUUACUACAAAAAUCAUCGAUAUUAACAUCGGCAUUGACUGAUGUUAUCAAUGAACUUAUUUUAAAUCGUACCAUUAAAGUUAUACGAUAUAUAAAAGAUAACGGUCUCGCUCGUAUGAUCCAAUCGUCACUUGAUUCUUCAGCAGGAACAUUAACGGCAGAACUAAAUGGACAACAAUGGCCGGUUAUGCCGCCCAUUUUUACAUGGAUUUAUCAAAAUAGUGGUUUCAGUCAAGAUGAAAUGUUUGAAAAUUUUAAUUGUGGCAUUGAUUAUUUAAUUAUUGUCGAUCAUACAAAAUCAACUGUUGAAAAUAUUCUUCAACAAUUGACACAAACAUAUACAACAUGUUUUCUUCUUGGAACACUUACUUCACUAAACUCUAGUCCAGCACGUAAUAAAACGGUUAAUAUACCUCAACAAGCCCGACAACGUAUUGUUCAAUUAAACAAUAUUUCAUUUAAAUAUCCAAAACCAGGGGUUGCAUCAAAUAAUACUCCUGUUGUUGUUAAAGAUCGUAUGAAACAACCCAUCGCAAACGAUAAAACACGUUGUGCUGUAUUGAUUUCAACCAAUGAUACUUCAUUACUUUCUCUUCUUGCAUAUUCAACAUCAACAAUUGAAUGUGCAUUUGAAAUUGUUCUUGUACUUUCAACAUUAGCUGGUCUAUCGGAUAUAGCUCGUGUUAAUGAACUAUAUCCAUCUGUUGUAACAAAAGUUAUACAACCAAAAAAAUAUGCUGCAAGAAACUAUGAUUUAGAUCAAAAAAUUGAUGACGAAUUGCAAUUACACGGUUGCGAAUUAGUUGUACUUGAUCGUUAUGCAUGUCGUUUAUCACCAUCGUUUAUUCAAGCAUGGCGAGGUCGAUUAUUAAACGUCUAUCCAUCGUUAUUACCAUCGUUUCGUCAUAGUACAUCACCAAUUCGUGAUGCAUUGCAAGCUGGUAUUCGUAUAACAGGUGUUACAGUUCAUUUCAUUGCUGAACCAGAUACCGAUAAUGAUGGGCCCAUCAUAGCUCAAGAAAGUAUUCAUGUAACACCAACUGAAAACGAAAUGCAAUUAGAAAGUCGUUUACGUACACUCGAACAACAAUUAUAUCCGAAAGCAAUCGAUAUGGUCGCAUCAGGAAAAAUAAUCUAUCAAGGAAAAAAACGUGUGGGAAAAGUAAACAUUGCACCGACAAUUGCAUCGUCUGCUUAUUGA